AUGGAGGAAAAGCUAAGCGAGACGUACAAGUUUGGGUAUUUGCACGAGGGGAUGGGGGUGGUGGUGGUGGUGGGGGAGGAGGAAAACUGUCUUCCAUUUGAGCGAGCACCGUUCCAGACCGGCUUUUCACCAUGGGAAAGAGCGCCCUCGUUUUCAUCCUCGUUGCGGUAUUUCUCGUACCGGAGGUUUGUAUCGUUUUUAGAUAUAAUUGCACAGCCCCCAACGGUAGACCCAACAAGUUUAUCGCCCACUACAGCCCUUGGUAGCAGUUUAACGCCCACUACAGCCCUUGGUAGCACGACAGCAGAACCAACGACACCAGGGACAGAUGGUAGCUCGGUCACCACAGGUGUUGAUGACAUAACCACAGGCACCACAGGUAGUGUUGCCUCUACAAGCGGUGGUCCUACUACAGGCGCCACAACCUCAUACACGGCUACGGUUCCUAGUGUUGGAACCUCAGGUGGCACUUCAGUUUCUGGUACAUCUACAGGUGGCGCUACAAAUUCUGAAACACCUGAAGGUAGCACUGCAGAAUCUGUUGCACCUACAGGUAGCACUACAGAUUCUGGUACACCUACAGAUGGCACUACAGAUUCUGGUACACCUACUACGAAUGCAGGUGGGACGACAGCUGGCUACACAGUUUCUGGCUCCAGUGCUAAUGAAACAGCUGAAAAUGUCACCACGUCUGAUACAAAUUCAACGACAGCAGACGCAGGAUCUGGGGAGACGACUCAAGAACCAGCACAACCUGAGCCGCCAACCACUCUGUCCCCUGGCGUGAUUGCUGGCAUCGCGGUGGGUGCCACUGUGGUUCUGGUCGUUAUCAUUGUGGGAAUUGUCCUAAUCGUCAAGUGCAAGUGUGGUAAAGACUCCGCCGUUGCAGCUCAAGUCGAAGCUUAACCCCAACAUCCUGAGACUUUUGUUCUUCUUAGGUACCUCCCUGGCCUGAAUCCUCCAAACUCCUCCGAAUGGUGCAGUGCCCCGCCCACUGUGCACGUGGCCAUGGGGGAGCUAACACGUGCACCUACCUCUCCAUUGCUUCACUGCAUGCUCCAGCCGUGCGCGUCAUAAUUAUACGCGCGUGCACGCCUGUCGCACAUGAGUUCGGAUCAUUUGGAUGGUUCGGAAGCAUAUGGCCAUCCGUGUUACUGCGUUACUGAGAAAAAAU